UCUCAUUCGGCGUUUUUUCUGUGUGCGGCAAAAAUCUCCAGCAGUCAAGUCAGCUCGACCUCCAUAGCCAAGCUACCUGAGAAAAGCAAUUGCAAGAAAUUUCUAAAAUUUGCAGAUUUUGUUUGAGACCAAGUGUUGUUUUUGGCAUUUCGGCGAGUCGUGUUUUUCGUAUUCCGAAACCUAAUAACUUAACGUGUUUUUCGCGCUUCGCUUUUGAAAGUAAAACAACCAACAGUAAAUCAAAAUGGCUGAUGUGGCUGAGCAAAAAAAGUGAUGAGACCCCUGUUGUCGAGAAGGUGCCCGCUGAGGAAGUGGAUGCCGUGAAGAAGGAUGCUGUCGUCGCAGCCGAAGAAGCAACCGUCGAGAAGCCAACCGCCACAGAGAACGGUGCUGCCGAUGAGGAGAGCAGUGCCAAGGAGAACGGAGCUGCUGCCCCCGCUGCCGAUAAGGCCGACAAGGUCGCCGCCGAUGCCGUUGAUGGUGAGAAGGCCGCCGAGACCCCCGCCGCCGAAGCUGCUGAGGAGAAGAAGGACGAGGAGGCGGCAGUCGCUGGCGAUGAGGCCAAGGAGAGCGGCGAGGCAGCCCCCGCAGCUGUUGAGAAUGGAGCCGAAGAGGCAGCCAACGGUGACUCAACAGACGCGCCAGUCGUCGAGGCUGUGAAGCGGAAGGUGGAUGAGGCCUCCGCUAAGGCCGAUGAGGCCGUUGCCACCCCCGAGAAGAAAGCGAAGCUGGACGAGGCCAGCACAAAGGAUGAGGUUCAAAACGGUGCCGAGGCCAGCGAGGUGGCUGCCUAAAUGGUGCAUCGUCUAGGUCUGCAGCAGCCGCCGUGCACACACAUUACUCGUACAUAUAAAUUACUUACUAACACUAAAACAAAAGAACUCACACACACAAAAAUGAACGCCCGCUCUCCCCAAACGCAGCAGACCUCUGUGUGCACCGGCAAGUUUGAAUACGUUUGAGACAUGUUUGUCGGGGCUUGAGUGUGUUUGUGCGAGCUGGGGGGGGGGGUUUGGGCGCAAUUAUCUUUAAAAAUCCUGCAAUGGGAGCAUAGUCCUAAAGCGAAUCGAUUCUGUCUCUCUACUAACAAACCCAACAAAAAAAAACAACAACAAUUAAGAGGAAGAAAAUCCAUUAUCAUUUAAAAACAUUACUUAACUUAACUUUAAAGAAAAAGUAUAUAUAUAUAUAAAGCAAACGAUUAAGAAGAAAGAACAAGCAAAAGUAAGAUGGCGACGAGACGGAAUCCCUCUAUGUUUUAAGAAAAGUUGUAAACGAAAAGCGUCAUUUAAUAAUUGUAAUAAAUACGAAGCAAAAGAAACAAUUUGCAAAGGAAAAUCCUCCCCCAUUAUAUAAGAACAUGUGACAAAAAAGAGCAAAGGCAAAUUUUUUUCUUUUCCUAAUUAACUGUACGAUCCUAUAAUGUUUAUGAAUAUUUAUAUAUAUAUACAUAUAUCAAGAUCAAAACAAUUGCGAAAACAGCAAACUGCCACGCCCCCUGCACACAAGUAACGCUGGCAAAAGAACAAACAAAAAAAAACUUGGAAAAAUUCGUACAUAUAGAAACAAUAAAACCGGAUAAGAAAU